CCGAACAGAGGCAAGUUCGGGACUCUGGUAGGGGGGGGUUGAAACGGACCGCGCGGCCUGCGCGGAGGGAAGUGCAAAAUUGAUCCACACGAUCUCUCUGCCUCCAUUGCCUAUACUCUCUCUCUUUCCCCUCCCCCGCAGCUUCAUAUAUUCAGAAUUUCGGAUCACCACAUGACCAUUUCUCACUUUAUUUAAUGGCCCAUUCCGCUCCAGCAUCGUCUCUAUGCAAGACGAACCGAGAGCCUCAACAAUCAACCUACACACAGCUCGAGAAGUAAAUACCGAAUUUCCACAGUCUUUUCUUGCUUGGUGGGCGUGUGCGUGGGCGUGGGUCUUCUCUACUUUUUCUUUUCGCUUGUUGGGUUCUUUCUACUCCUUGGAAGGUCUAUCCGUCGCCGUGAGUUUUGGUGGACACUAGACAGUACGGUUGCCUUUUCGAGUUCAUUGUCAGAGGCCUAUCUUAUACAAAGGCGAGGUUGUUGAUUUUCUCUCUCGUGCCGGUAUUCUUUUUCUUUUUCGGCUCUUUGGCCUUUGAUGGUUGGUUUUCACCGUAUUUUGGUUUGUCCUGGGAUUUUUCGGUUUGUCUCACUGUUCAUGAUUCGUUGAUGUCUUUGGACGUUGGAGCUGCUUCAAGUUCGAAUAACAUGGGUGACAAGGAGAGUGGACUCCCAGAAGCAACUAAGACUGGAGUGACUGAAGCCGCAACUAAGACUCAAGAGGCUGAAGCUUCUGGUUAUGCAACCGAUGAGGAUGAGGAUGAUGAAGUAGCAAAGAUAGAAGUUGGUCCUCAGUUCACACUAAAAGAACAGAUUGAGAAGGAUAAGGAAGAUGAAAGCCUGCGAAGGUGGAAGGAACAGCUUCUUGGCAGUGUGGAUAUCAAUGCUGUUGGAGAAAGUCUGGAACCAGAUGUUAAGAUCAUGAGCAUUUCAAUCCUGUCCCCCGGUAGAAAUGAACUUGUUCUUCCUCUCCCUGAAUCCGGAAAUCCCAAGGGCUUAUGGUUUUCUCUCAAGGAAGGCAGCCGUUACCGUCUGAAGUUUUCCUUCAUGGUUAGCAACAACCUAGUCUCUGGCCUAAGAUACUCAAAUACAGUCUGGAAAGCUGGUGUCAGGGUGGACAGCGUGAAAGAGAUGCUUGGGACAUUCAGUCCUCAGGCAGAGCCCUACACACAUGAGAUGCCAGAAGAGACCACCCCUUCAGGAAUUUUUGCUAGGGGAUCAUAUUCUGCAAAAACUAAGUUUGUUGAUGAUGACAAAAAAUGCCACUUGGAUUUGACUUACACCUUUGACAUCCGGAGAGAGUGGCCAUCAACUUAAAACUGAGUAUUUUGAUAAUCUCUUUCAGAGAUUUGUCUUCAUUCAACUACGUUCUAAUUCAGAUAGGGGGUAAACAAUUAGCAAUCUUGCAUGAGGCUGGUUUCAGAAUAAUGAAGCAGAAGAGGGAAAAGAAUGCAAGAAAUCAAAUUUGGGCGCUUCACUUCAAUAAGAGAGUUGGCCUGUCAAAGAUUUACUUUUCCUUUUUGUUUUUGUUUUUUCUUUCCUGCAUUCUGGUAACCCAGACUGGGUUUAUGAAGCUGCAUUUCUAUGUUAUUAGCAUUUUAACCAUUUGUAUAGUGGACGUUAGAAAUUGAAGGCAGUAUGGUUAUUUGGUC